GCCGCUCGUCUUGUCUUGUGUUGGUUUUGCAUUUGCACUGUCUUCUUGGUUUCUUCUUCCUUAUUUUACGACUUUAACGAACUCGUGUACACGAUGGAGCAAGUUACCUCGUCCUUGGCCCCUGCCCGUUCUUCCCAAAAGUCAAAUGCACCAGCCUCCACGUCCUCGGCCACAGGCAGCGUCACGAAACGUCUUGGAAACGAGCUUGUGCAACUCAUGAUGUCUUCGUCCCCGGGCAUUUCAGCGUUCCCCAAAAAUGAUGGCAAUUUGUUUGAAUGGGUCGGCACAAUUGAGGGUGCGCCGGAAACCAUCUAUGCCGGGCUGAGCUUCAAGAUCACCAUCUUGUUCCCUCCCAAUUACCCCUACGUUGCCCCUAAUAUCAAGUUCGAUACUCCGUGUUUCCACCCGAAUGUCGACAUUGGAAGCGGUGCUAUCUGCCUUGACAUUCUCCAGGACAAGUGGUCGGCCGUCUAUAGCGUGCAAACCAUUCUUCUAUCCCUGCAAUCCUUACUCGGCGAACCUAAUAAUUCUUCCCCACUUAACACGGAGGCCGCAGGCCUGUGGAGCAAGCCCGAUGCCUUCAAGGUGCAAUUGAUGAAGCACUACCGACCCAUCACCGCAGACUCGGCCUGAAUGGCGCAUGUAGCUUAUUGUACCCACUACACAUAUUCUUGCAUACAUCCUCGCAUUUGCAAUGGCAUUUUUUUGUUACCG